CACUGAGGUUGCAGCAGGCCUGGGGGCCUAGGGGAGACAUGGAGAAAGAGACGGGGGAUCCCCGAGCUGGAGGCGACCAACAGAGUAGGCAGUCAUGGCCGGAGAACGGGAUGUCAGAGUAAUGUUUGGCCUCUGGAAACAUCUCUUACAGGACGGCCAGCCAACGUCCCCUAGGUAGGACAGCCAUCCGCUGGGAAGAGCUGGAGCCUGCGGGGACCUGGCUGGAUAGGUAUGGGGGAUCCUGGCCAGUGCCCUAGUCCCCGGGCCCCCCAUGGCAGUCCCCCGACUCUAAGCACUCUCACUCUCCUGCUGCUCCUCUGUGGAUAUGCUCACUCUCAGUGCAAGAUCCUGCGCUGCAAUGCGGAGUACGUGUCGUCCACCUUGAGCCUCCGAGACGGGGGCUCCCCGGGGGCGCUCCGAGGGGCCGGCGGCGGGGGCCGGGGCGCCGGGGGCUCCAGCGGCCUCUGCCGGGCGCUGCGCUCCUACGCGCUGUGCACUCGGCGCACGGCGCGCACCUGCCGCGGGGACCUCGCCUUCCACUCGGCGGUGCACGGCAUCGAGGACCUGAUGAUCCAGCACAACUGCUCCCGCCAGGGCCCCACGGCCCCGCCCCCGGCCCGCGGCCCCGCCCUGCCCGGCGCCGGCCCCGCGCCCCCCUCGGGCCCCGCCGCCCCCGACCCCUGCGACUACGCGGGCCGCUUCGCCCGGCUGCACGGCCGGCCCCCCGGCUUCCUGCACUGCGCCUCCUUCGGGGACCCCCACGUGCGCAGCUUCCACCACCACUUCCACACGUGCCGGGUGCGGGGCGCGUGGCCGCUGCUGGACAACGACUUCCUCUUCGUCCAGGCCACCAGCUCCCCCGUGGCCCCCGGCGCCAACGCCACCGCCACCCGCAAGCUCACCAUCAUCUUUAAGAACAUGCAGGAGUGCAUCGACCAGAAGGUCUACCAGGCGGAGGUGGGCAACCUGCCCGCCGCCUUUGAAGACGGUUCCGUCAACGGCGGGGACCGGCCGGGGGGCUCCAGCCUGUCCAUCCGCUCGGCGAGCCCCGGGAGCCACGUGGAGAUCCGGGCCGCCUACAUCGGCACCACGGUGGUCGUGCGGCAGGCGGCCGGGCAGCUCUCCUUCGCCAUCCGGGUGGCGGAGGACGUGGCCCGCGCCUUCUCCGCGGAGCAGGACCUGCAGCUCUGCGUGGGCGGGUGCCCCCCGAGCCAGCGGCUGUCCCCCGCCGAGCGCGGCCUCCGGGGGGCGCUGCCCGCGGACGCUGCCCGGCGGCUGUGCAAGGAGGGGCUGCCGGUGGAAGACGCCUACUUCCAGUCCUGCGUCUUCGACGUUCUCAUCUCUGGGGACCCCAACUUCACCGUGGCCGCCCGGGCUGCGCUGGAGGACGCCCGCGCUUUCCUGCCGGACCUCGAGAAGCUGCACCUCUUCCCCUCCGACGCCGGGGCCCCCCUGGCCCCCGCCGCGCUCCCAGCCCCGCUGCUCCCCGGCCUCUUGGUUCUGUGGCUUUGGGUUCAGUAACUAGGCCCUGGGCCCUGACUUGGGGAUAGAGAUUGGCAGGAACGAGCAGAAAGAAUCGCUGAAGGGCCCUGGCCGGUUCGGCUCAGUGGAUAGAACAUUGGCCUGCGGGCUGAAGGGUCCAGGGUUCCAUUCCCGUCAAGAGCACAGGCCCAGGUUGCGGGCUCGAUCCCCCGGAGGGGCUGUGCAGGAGGCAGCCCAUCAAUGAUUCUCAUCAUUGAUGUUUCUAUCUCCCUCUCCCUUCCUUUCUCUGAAAAAGAAUCACUGAAGGAAACAGUGGGGACUGGGAGACACGUGAAACAAUGACAUUUAUCCAGAGUUAGACAAGGCUGCAGCCAGCGGUGUGGAAAUGAUCGUAGAAUAAGGAUUCUGGGUCAGGUUUCUGCAUCCCAGACCCCCUUAGGGACUCUGCACCAACCGUUUCCUGGUCCCCUUUCCAGUCGGUGAACUGCCCCAGUCCAUCUGCUCCUGAGCUCACCCCUACCUACCAGCUUAGCGGUUAGAGUGGCCCUGAGGAUCCCUAGAAAACGGAAAGGUUGAGACUAUUAACAGGAAAGAACUGAAAGAGGAAAACUUGAUCGUUACCCAUAAAAACACACUGGUUUCCUCCGAGGAAAAAUAGCUCAGGAAAGGAGUUUAUCUGAUGAACAUCGGAGGGCGAUAUGUUUGACUUUCUGGGUUCAGACGUGAAGGGCGGGGCGGGGUGGGGAGGGGGUCUGGAUCUUAGUUGAAAGGAACCACUGCCCUUGGGGAAUGGCACAGGCAGGAAAGAAGCCAUCACUCCACCCCCAGCUAAGCCGCUGUUAAAGCUGUGGGUGGUCACUGUCCUAGCUGCCUGUGCGGAAUCUGAUGCUCUGAUGUGAGUAAAGACCAGGUGCUCACACAGAGGGCAGACCGGGUGCUCACACAGAGGGCAGACCGGGCGCUCACACAGAGGGCAGACCGGGUGCUCACACAGAGGGCAGACCGGGCGCUCACACAGAGGGCAGACCUGGUGCUCACACAGAGGGCAGACCGGGCGCUCACACAGAGGGCAGACCGGGCGCUCACACAGAGGGCAGACCGGGUGCUCACACAGAGGGCAGACCGGGUGCUCACACAGAGGGCAGACCGGGUGCUCACACAGAGGGCAGACCAGGUGCUCACACAGAGGGCACAGGGGCAUCAGACACAGCUUCUGCUCGCUGGAAGGUCACCGGCUACUAGGGAGACUGGGGAGCAGGUGCUACUCACUACAUUCUACUGCACUGGGAGUUCUGCCGGGAAGAGGGCUGGAGAGACUCAAUAAUAAGAAUAAUAAUAAUGGGUAUAGAGGAGAUGGGAUUGGAAGAGACCUUUGAAGGUCGGGUAAGGGCCUUCCAGGCAAUGGCAACCUGAGUGAAGCAUAGAUUCAUGAUUCAGUGAAGCAACCAGCGAAAGUCCAGUGGCCUGGGCGGGAAGUAGAGGAAUACCAGGGAGGGUAGGUGGGCAGAGGACAGAUUGUGAAGCGCCUUGAGAGGGGAGCCAAGGAGUUAAAUUCAAAUAAAUUCAUUGAUGGGGGGCUUAAAGCCUGUCAGGCAAUGCUCUGAACUCAGGUUGUUGUGAAUCCUCACCUGAGGAUAUUUUCCCACUGCUUUUCAGAGAGGGUGAAAGGGAAGGAAGGAACGAAGGAAGGAGAGAGAGAGAGAGAGACACAUCAGUUGGUUGCCUCCUGCACAUACCCAACCGGGAAUUGAACCCGCCACCUUCAGUGCUUGGGCUGACACUAACCAUUUAGCACCCCACCAGGGCUGUUCUAUACACUUUUAAAUUAUUAGUUCAUUUAAUCCUCACAGCUCUCUAAGGAAGGUAAUAUUUUCAUCUCUAUUUUUCAUAAGGGACCUGAGGUACAGGAAGAUUUAGCAACUCGCCCACAGUCAUGCAGCUAAUAAACGGUAGAGCCAGAAACGGAACCCAGGCAGUUCAGCUCUACAGCCUUAACUAGUAACCACUAGACAAGUGGUUCUCAACCUGUGGGUCGCGACCCCUUUGGCGGUCGAACGACCCUUUCACAGGGGUCGCCUAAGACCAUCCUGCAUAUCAGAUAUUUACAUUACGAUUCACAACAGUAGCAACAUUACAGCUAUGAAGUAGCAACAAAAAUAAUUUUAUGGUUGGGUCACAACAUGAGGAACUGUAUUUAAAGGGCCAGAAGGUUGAGAACCAUGGCACUAGACUGCAUUGAAGAGGAAUCGGAGAGCCACUAGCCUUUGGUUGGGAAGCUGGGCAGAAAGGGGAGCUUGUGGCAGGGCUGCCACCACAGAAGCGACCUCUUCUGUCACAUGAAACCCCAAAGGAGAGCGGGGGUUGGGGGAACCCGAAGUUGAAGGAAUCUAGUUUGUAGAAGAGAAGGCUAGAGAAUAAAAGCUAUUCUAGUUCAGGUCUAAAGCUGCUCUGAACAAAAACGACUUAGGAGGUAACUUUUAUAUUCAGUACGUCCCCCCUCUUUUCCUGGGCCUGUCCCUCACCUACUCAGGUGUUGACACUUAUGUCGCCCCUGUUCUGCCCAUUCUCCCCCAGAACACAUCGACACACUGGCCAGUGCCUGCCAGGCAGGGUGGCUAUCGGGUCUUCCGUUCCAAAUUGCUUUUGCAAUUCCCCAUCCCCAGUUCCUCCUCUCCACCUGCUCUAAGAGCCACAGCCACUCGGCCAUUCCAUCAGAGCACAGUCUCAUUUCUGAAAUGACGGGUUAAUCUAGAAAGCAAUCUGUUCUAAUGGGAGGAAAUGGGAAGAAAAAUAUCUAGAGCUCUCCCUUCCCAUUCAGAUCACAGGCAUUUUCACUCAAAACAUCUUUUUAAGAAACUGCUCCUUAUAUUGGUUCUCUUAACUCACCGGAGUCACUUUACCCCUCUGAUUUGGAAAUCACUAGUAAAUUAAGAAUUUUAUAGCCAACUGGUGAAAGCAAUGGUUUAAUGACACCUGUCAGGUAACCCUGCUUCCUUUGCCCAGAUUUAGGGUUCUCCCUCUUACCAAUGCAGGCCUUGAAAAGGGGUAGGUCAGCCUGCAGACGGAGAGGCCCGGGUUGGAUUUUGGUCAAGAGCACGUAGCUGGGUUUCAGGCUCAAUCCCCGGCCUGGCUGGUCAGCGCAGUGCAGGAGAUGACCUAUUGAUGUGACUCUUGCACAUGGAUUUCUCUCUCUCUCUCUCUCUUCCCCUCCCUUCCACUCUCUCUAAAAAUCAGUGGGAACAUAUCCUUGGCUGAGGAUUAACAAAAAAAGGGGGGGUGAUGGUAAGGGAGUCAUUCAAAAUAAGCAUUUGAAAAGAUGCUCCACAUCUUUGUCACCAGGGAAAUGCAAAUCAAAAUAAAACCACAAAGAGAAAAUACUACACCCGUGACAAUGGUUACAAUGUAAAAGAUUUGACCAGGUCAACUGUUGGCAAGGUGUGUGGCUCUCAGACUCUGCUGGUGGGGAUGUAAAAUAGUAUAGGGUGUCCCAAAAUUCAUGCAAGAUUUGAAUUUUGCGUGAGCAUUAACAACAACAACAACAAAAGAUAAAAGCCUAAUUUUACUUGGUUUAUUGAAUCAGAUUCUAAUAUCUGUUGCCCUUUAAUUUCAAUCCCUUCAAUUUGAUAAGCAUCACCAAGUACCAAUGAUGGCCCAGGAGCAGGGACAAUGAAGACCAGUGAAGACCACGGCUUUGCGUAUGUGCCAGCAAAGCCGUGGAGGCCAUUUACCCGAUGUGCUAUUCCAUACAUAACCCUAUACUGUAUACUUUAUGAAUCAAUAAAAAAUUAUAAUUUUUAAUUAUAAACCUGUGUUUUCUAUCAAAAUUACUUCUUGCAUGAAUUUUGGGACACCCUAUAUGACCACUUUGUGAAAACAAUUGGGCAGUCUUUUUAAAAGCUAAGUAAACACUUACCAUACAGUUGAAACAUUCCACUCCCGAAUAUUGACCC